AUGAUUAUUGUAUUGCUUUUACUUUUAGCUAAACCUAUAAAAUCAUCAUUACUAUCACGUGUAAAAAACCGAUACGAGUAUUUACCUCAUGAAGAUGCAGAUUUUGGGUCGGACGACUUAUACGAAUUUGUGAGCACCAAUGAUUUUUUACCAGAACCAAAAAACAUUGUACCCAAAUUGUACGAUUUAAAUCCAAACAGUUUUAAACAAAGAAAAACAACAAUGCAUGAAAUCCCCUAUAGUUUCGAUAAAAUUCGUAAAACUAUGGAAAAUGAAGAAAUUUUUGAAGAAGCUCGUCAAACUAUACACGAUAAAAUUACUUUAAAACAUCGUAAGACUUUGGAAGAUAAAUUGAAUAUCCAGAACGUAACGGAUAAGCUAAACAUAUUAAAUAAACACAUUUAUGACGUUGAAACAUAUGUUUCAUUAAAUAACAAUUAUUCUACAGAAAUUUAUCUAAAAGUUGGAAGUAACAGUACAGCUAUCCCAAUAUCACUAGAGUGGAGACCAACUAAAAAUAUGAGCAUAGAUACAACAGAUAAAAGACGCAAGACUUUUGCAUCGCUUUUUCCAACUAGAAGAAACUUAGAUACUAUAACUGGUGCGUUACAAUCACCUGAUUGA